AGCUCUCGCACGCUGUAAUACCCAAACUAAGCAGCUAGCCGGUCAUCCAAUUCAACAGCAGCUCUCACCUCAGAGGACAGCUAGUGUCAGCGAGGCGCUCCGGAGUUUAGCAGCCGACAAAAAAAAGGGACGCAGCAAAGAUGUCUAAAGACACGGAAGGGAAGAGCGAGAAAAUCAUGGAUUUGGAGAGCAAGGUGUUGUGGUACCCGGACUCCAAGAAGAACACACAGAUGGAUAAAUUCAGGAUACAGGUCAACGGGGACUAUGGACUUAAUCUGGGUAACUACAAUGACCUGUACCAGUGGUCGGUGGACAGCUAUGCAGAGUUCUGGGCGGAGGUGUGGCGCUUCUGUGGAGUAGUCAGCUCCAAAACAUACGAAGAGGUAGUGGAUGUAACCAAACGGAUCUCAGAUGUCCCAGAGUGGUUUAAAGGGGCUCGGCUCAACUACGCAGAGAACCUGCUCAAACAUCCACACCAGGAUAAAGUGGCCCUCUAUGCUGCAACGGAGGCAAAUGAUGAGAUCGCCAAGGUGACGUACGGGGAGCUGAGGCGUGAUGUGGCGCUGUUUGCUGCAGCCAUGAGGAAGAUGGGAGUCCAGACAGGAGACAGGGUUGUGGGCUACCUGCCCAAUGGUAUCCAUGCAGUGGAGGCUAUGUUAGCAGCUGCCAGCAUCGGAGCCAUUUGGAGCUCUACGUCUGUCGACUUUGGAGUCAAUGGCGUCCUUGACAGGUUUUCUCAAAUCCAGCCAAAACUGAUCUUCUCUGUCGCGGCAGUGGUUUACAACGGCAAAACACACGACCACAUGGAAAAGCUGACCAGUGUUGUCAAAGGUCUGCCUGACUUGAAGAAGGUAGUGGUGAUUCCCUAUGCUCGCUCCGAACACGAGACGGACCUCUCCAAGAUCCCCAAUAGUAUAUUUAUAGAUGAUUUCCUGGCAACUGGGCGUGGUGAGGGUGACCAGUUUCCUCAGCUGGAGUUCGAGCAGCUUCCAUUUAAUCAUCCUCUGUUCAUCAUGUACUCCUCUGGAACCACAGGAGCUCCCAAAUGUAUGGUCCACUCUGCUGGGGGCACGCUCAUUCAACAUUUGAAAGAACACAUUCUCCAUGGCAAUAUGACCAGCAGUGAUGUCAUCAUUUACUACACCACGACUGGCUGGAUGAUGUGGAAUUGGCUGGUGUCUGCUCUGGCAGUGGGAGCUUCAGUGGUUUUAUAUGACGGUUCACCACUAAUGCCCACACCCAAUGUACUGUGGAACCUCACAGACCAGCUGGGCAUCACUAUCUUUGGUACCGGGGCCAAGUGGCUGUCAGUGCUGCAGGAGAGGAACCUGAAACCCGGGGAAACGCAUAACCUCCAGUCUCUCCACACCAUCCUGUCUACUGGUUCUCCUCUCAAACCCCAGAGCUACGACUACGUCUACCGAUGCAUCAAGAGUAACGUGCUGCUGGGCUCCAUCUCAGGCGGCACUGACAUAGUGUCAUGUUUUAUGGGUCAGAACCCAGCAGUUCCAGUGUAUCGGGGUGAGAUCCAAACAAGAAAUCUUGGCAUGGCUGUGGAAGCGUGGGACAUUAAUGGUAAGCCUGUAUGGGCAGAGAGCGGGGAGCUGGUCUGCUUGAAGCCAAUCCCCUGCCAGCCUACACACUUCUGGAAUGACGAGAAUGGGAGCAAAUACCAUAAAGCGUACUUUUCUACAUUUCCUGGUGUGUGGGCCCACGGAGACUACUGUAAAAUCAACCCAAAGACUGGAGGCAUUGUCAUGCAGGGCAGAAGUGACGGGACGUUGAACCCCAAUGGAGUCCGUUUUGGCAGCUCGGAGAUCUACAACAUUGUGGAAGCGUUCGAGGAAGUGUCAGACAGUCUUUGUGUUCCUCAGUACAACGCUGAUGGAGAAGAGCGAGUUAUUCUCUUUUUAAAGAUGGCACCUGGAAAGCCCUUCAGCCAGGAGUUGGUGGCAAAGAUUAAAGGAGCCAUUAGAAAAGCUCUGUCUGCCCGUCACGUACCUGCCCUGCUGCUGGAGACCAGAGACAUUCCUUACACCAUCAGCGGGAAGAAGGUGGAGGUGGCUGUGAAACAAGUGGUCGCUGGUCGGGAGGUGCUGCAAAGAGGAGCUUUCUCCAAUCCUGAUUCACUUGACCUCUACAAGAACAUUCCUGAACUGCAAAACUACUAAAGAGGGAGCAUCACAGAACUGGACAAAGAACAAAAGAGAACCACUUGACAAGAAUUCAAAUUAGUUUUUAAAUGAACUUUUUAUUCAAAUAUACUGGUACAGGGAGAUGUGCAUUACAGGUGCUGUUCUCAGAGGUACCUUCAGCUUUGUACAGGGCAUAAAAGAGGAAACACGUCUAUAGUCAAAAUAAUACAAAAAUGACAUGAAAAUUAUGUAUGUAUAUAAUAACAAUAAGUCUAUGGUAUCAAGCAGACCAGACACUUUACACACAUGAGCUGCUCUGUUCCAUAGGCCAGCUUGCAAUCAAGUGAUGAAGCAGCCGCUCUUAAAAAGGCUAAAAUGUUGUGAAAGUAAAUGUGAACUGAAUUAAUCUUUUGGAUGUAACAUUAUGUUGCACAGCAGCUCUCUUGAAUACAACACUGCCAACAGAGAGAAGUGAAAUUUAGCAUCAAGCGCUUUGCUUUGGCUUCCCAGUCUGAUUGGUAUCAACCAGUGAAGAACCAUAUCUCUCUGUGUCACCUGGUUCUGAGUGGGUCCUCGAGUAAAAAUCCAUGGAAGUGUGCAGAUAAACACACACAAAGAUUGGGGAUGAACACCUCAGCUCAUAUCACCAUAUCAUGCUAUGUGGUGUGUACUGCUUUAUUAAAUGUAUAUAAAUAUAUAAACAUAUAUAUAUAUUUUUUGGACUGUGGAAUUACGUUAACAUGAAUAUGCGUUUAAAGAUAUUGACCCAAACCUGUUAACCAAAGUAAGUCACAGAUUUUUAGUUGUAACUUAUUAGGAGACUGGUCAAAAUGAGCCGUGGAUGGAGCUAAACUUGUUGAACUUUUGUCCUAACCUGAAAAAGCUAAUGAUCUCUUACGUAUCACAUGCUCACAUCCUAACCCUCAUAUGAUUUUUUGACCGUUGGUUCAAUUUCAUUCCGCCCAACACAUCAAGGCAUGAACUGAUGUAAUGUCAUUUCUCUUGAAGGGAAGGUUUUUUUUAGUCACAUUUGCUCAUUCCUUAUUAAUCAAGCAAUUGUAUAAAUAAGUCAGUCAAGAUCAAGAUUGUGAUUUGAAAGUGAGCAAAUGUUCAUUUCACCACAAAAGCCUGUAUUUAUUAGUUCUGUAUCUAUGUUCCAUGUUUGUCAAAGUGUUCUCUUCAAAUAGCUACAGUAUCGCUUUGUACAUGGAACAAGUUGAACAGUCUGAAGGCAAAUUAAUGCAAUUAAAGAUGAACUGCAGUGUUUUUGCUCAAUCGUAGCGCUAUUGAGCAAAAUGGGAACAAUAACACGAACAAAAGACAAAUGUUGGGAUAAAAAAGAUCAGAUCAAGUCUGUGAAGAAUAUCAGUGAAGCAUUUGAUCUUCUGGAAAAGUUGGAGAAAGAUUUUCACACUAAUGUAGCCUUUUUUUCUUACUGGACUUCUGUGUUGUAUUAGAUUCUGAUUAAUUUCCUUUUGAUUCAAUCUCUGUCAGUUGUUUCUGUUACGAUAAUAUCAGACAUGUUUAAAACUAUGAAUGUAAAUAAAUCACUGGGGAAACUCUGGAGUUCAUCUUUAAUGUAAAAGUCACUGCUUAUAUUGGAGUGAAUUUCCUCCUUUAAAGGUACCCUGUGGAGUUUUAGACCACUAUGGAUAAUGUUUUGAUGAGUGGGCCCUGUUUAGUUUCUGACUCAUAUUUCAAUACUUUGGUGAGAAGCACUGAAUGUAAACAGAAAUUUGUUGUUUAGAAGAAAACUCCACAGGAUACCUUUUUAGACGUCUCAAAGAUGCACAGGUUUUCAAUCAUUGUACAUUGCACUUUAGUACUGUAAAUGCGAUAUUGUCCAUGGUGAUGCUGGUGAACUUUGGUAUAUCUGCCAUUCCAUUCUGUAGCAUGCAUGGAGAUUACGCAGUUUUUUUGUGCACCAAACUUGUCUUCUAUAAGGCUGCAGGUUUGAAAGUAAAGUUCUUGGGUUUAUCACAUGUCAAAAAAAACAAAAAAAUCUGUUAAUUCUGUAAGGUACUUCUCAAGUAAAUCAACCAUUUAAUUUAUACUUGUUUUGGUGUUACAAGAAAAUGUAAUGAAUCAGAUGUUUCGUUGAUCAUUUUUACAACCGAUAAUUUCCUCUUUGACACAACAUGAUGGUCAUUCUCUGCUGUAGAUCUAGUUCAUGCUGAAGUUGACAGAGUCAUGAUUGGAUGUGAAGUUUACUCAUUUUUCUGUUUUUCAGAAACCACUUCAGUGUUAGAAACUAAUUUAGCUAUAGAGAUAGACAGUCAGACAGAUGAUUGGACAUUCUUCACUGUCCACAAAGGGAAAUUAAGUUUUCUAAGGUCAGUACCAUACUAACAAAGAAGAGUAUAAAUAAAUAAAUAAAACAAAAAUCAGAGUUCAAAACAGGAGGUGUGAUUCCAAGAGAAAGGAUUUUAAAAGAAAAGCUAUUUAUUUUACUUAAUCUGGAAAUGUGUGUCUGUGUGUGCACAAGCAUGCCUGCAUGGUAAUAGAUCCAGUUCUGGAUCUUGAGUCCCUUGCUCUUUUCACUGUCCUCCUGUUUAUAGAGCUGCUGGAGGGUUGAGCAUUGCUGCCCACAAAGUUUGGACCCUAAGGUGAUCACCCUUUGCAGUUUGGCGUUAUUGGUUUCUGAGAGUCCCUCAUACAAAGCCAGAAAACAAAAGGUGAGGAGGCUCUCCACAUGGCAGACAUAAAAGCUGUGGAGGAUGUUAGGGGUUGCUGCCAGAUCCCUCAGCUGCCGUAGGAGGUAGAUUCGCUGCU